UUUAGUUUGUGGAGCAAUGGAGGUGAACGUUUCUACUGAAUCCAUUGAGAGUGUCGUGCCAUCUGAUGAGGGUAAAGAGAAGUUUAAGAAAAAUGAUGACAUCUUAUUCUACAGGCGGCAGAGAGAUAAAGCAUUGUCUCAGUACUUUGCCUCUCUGGAAACUUUAGUACUUACAGAUAGAUAUGCCAUUCUGGAGCUUUGUGAGCAGGGGUCACAGGACAGACUGUGUCUUCAAAUAUGGGUGUCCAAAAAUGGAACUGUCAGAGUUUUUAUUGAUGAACUACUGGCAGUUAAACCACGUUACCGUGUUCCAGACGUUCUGAUUGGAGAGCUGUCAUAUGACCCGCUGAGAGUUCAAUGCCAGAGAGAAGACUGUUUAUCUCUAACAUGGGGUCUGGGUCACUACCAGCUCCUAGUUUCAGCUUCACCUUUCAGACUGGAGGUCACCUGUGAUGGGGAGGAGAUUGUCACACUCAAUCAAGGAAACAGACUUUGCUUUGAAACUCUUCAGGAACCAGCUAGGUCAUCUUCAGUUUCACAUCAGGUGGAAGACGAUCCAUGUGGACUGUGGAAAGAAACAUUCAGACAGUUUCAGGACAUCAAGACAAUUGGUCCCAGUUCUGUGGGUAUGGACUUAUGUCUCCAUGGAUUCAGCCAUACAUUUGGUCUUCCUGAACAUGCUGAUACCCUGCUGUUAAAAGACACAAGUGCCACUGAGGCGUAUCGACUGUACAACUUGGAUGUGUUUGCCUAUGAAAUCGAUAGCAGGUUGGGCCUUUACGGUUCCGUACCGCUCCUGCUAGCUCACAAGCCUGAGAGAACACUCGGAGUAUUCUGGCUGAACGCAUCGGAGACACUGAUUGAUAUCAAAUAUAGUCCGAAGACAACUGAGGAAGAGAAUGAACCACCAGGGAAGAAAAGUAAGAUCACACCUCAGACUGAUGUGAGAUGGAUAUCAGAAAGUGGCACGAUUGACUGUUUCAUUUUACUGGGGCCCUCGGCUGCCCAUGUGUUCUCUCAGUAUGCUCAGCUCACAGGCUGCCAGGCUCUCCCUCCUCUAUUUUCUUUGGGAUACCACCAAUGCCGUUGGAACUAUGAGGACGAGGCAGACGUUAAAGCUGUGGAUGGUGGAUUUGACCUCCACAAUAUUCCUUAUGAUGUUAUAUGGUUGGACAUCGAGCACACCAAUGGGAAGCGCUAUUUCACCUGGGACUCAAAGCUUUUCCCAAAGCCAGUAGAAUUACAGCAUUACCUGCAGAAGAAAAACAGGAAGUUGGUUGUUAUUAGUGACCCCCACAUCAAGAUUGAUCCUGAUUGGUCAUUUUACUGUGAAGCAAAAGAAGGAGGCCAUGCAGUGAAGAAUAGAGAAGGUGGUGUUUAUGAAGGAACCUGUUGGCCAGGUGAAUCCUGCUACUUGGACUUCAGCAGUUCAAGGACAAGAUCAUGGUAUGCCAGACAGUUCUCUCUAAACAAAUAUGAAGGGUCAACAGAAUCUUUGUUUAUCUGGAACGACAUGAAUGAACCCUCUGUGUUUAAUGGACCCGAGCAGACAAUGCCUAAAGAUGCAGUGCACCAAGGAGGCUGGGAGCAUAGGGAGCUACACAACUUGUAUGGCUUUUAUCAGCACAUGGCCACAUUUGAGGGCUUAUUAACCCGUUCGGGUGGCAUGGAGAGGCCGUUUGUCCUUUCACGCUCUUUCUUUGCUGGAUCUCAAAGAUGGGGUGCAAUUUGGACUGGGGACAAUGUUGCUACUUGGGAAUACUUAAAGAUUUCAAUACCCAUGCUGCUGUCCCUGAGUUUGACAGGAAUACAUUUUUGUGGAGCUGAUGUUGGGGGCUUUGUGCAAGACCCAGACCCCGAGCUGUUGGUCCGCUGGUACCAGGCAGGGGCUCUCCAGCCAUUUUUCCGAGGACACUCGGCUAAUAUCACCAAACGCAGAGAGCCCUGGCUGUUUGGGGAUGAUGUCACAUCUGCAAUUCGAUUGGCUAUACAGCAGAGAUACUGUCUCUUGCAGUACUGGUACACUCUGUUUCACCAAGCACACACAUCAGCUCUGCCUCCUAUCAGACCUCUUUGGGUAGAAUUUCCUAAAGACACAAGCAUGUUUGCUGUGGAGCAUCAGUACAUGAUCGGCAGUGCUCUCCUUGUGUGCCCUGUGACUGAUCCUGGAGUCUCUGAGGUCAAGGUUUUACUGCCAGGGUCUGGUGAGCUGUGGUAUGACACAAACUCCACUGAGGUUCAUAGAGGUGGCAAAACUCUGGAUUCCCCAGUAACUCUGAACACCGUGCCUGUGUUCCAGCGUGGUGGGACAGUGGUACCCAGGAGAGCAGGUUGUGGUUCCAGUACAGCUGAUCUACAGCAGCAUCCAUUCACUCUCACAGUAGCUCUGGACUCUAAGGGUAAUGCUGAUGGAUUUCUUUAUCUGGACGAUGGCCAUUCUUUCAGUUAUAGAGACAAGAUGCAAUUCUGUCUGCGACGUUUUAGCAUGCGGGCAGGCAAGCUUGUCAGCAGCUGUGCUGAUGAUAAAGGGCUGUUUGACUCGGUUGACAAAGUGGAAUCAGUGGUCAUUCUUGGCCUGAAUACUCUAAAAAGAAAACCUACGCUUAAAUCAGGUGCAGGAAAGACUGCUGUCAUGUUUACGUUUGAAGCAAAGUGUCUGACUAUAACUGGCUUGGGCCUGGGAAUACACGAAGAUUGGGAAAUAAUAAUGUAGUACAUUUUAUUUGAAAAAAAAAGUAAAAUGAGCGACUGUAUCAUCAGGAUGGAAUAUAAUGAAAAAAAAUCAACUCUACAGUAUGUUAUAAAAUUGUGAAUUUCAUAAUGGGGUUUAGAACAGACGUAAAGAAACAGCAGUAAAGAUACCUCACAUCUUCUUAAAAUAAAACAUCUUAAAGUCGGCAUGAAACGGAAGUAGCUAUUGUUUUUUUCUUCCGAAUCGUGACGUAUAUCCGAGUGAAACAACUUCUGAAAUGAGAAAAACUGUAGGACGGGACUUGAUUUCGUUCAUCGAGUACUGAUUUGAUCGUUAAAAGUUGGGUGUUGCCAACAAAACUGAGUCCGAUUUGUAAUCCAGUUUGCAAUCUGUCAGUCAUUGCAGCCCUGCCCUCGCGCCAUUCCUCUUGACCAGAAGUGAAGAGAGGUUGUUUCGGGGGGGGGGGAGUUUUUGGUUAAAGUGCAAAUAAAUGUUUAAAAAAUCAUGAUAAAUAAUUUAUAAUUAAUACUACAAGCUGUGUAAAUCAGGUUGAAUUGACAUUUUUCAUUUUAUGCCGACUUUAAAGGUGCAGUUUGUAUUUUUUUUGCAGUAAAAUAUCAAAUAACCACUUGGCCAGUGUUACACAUUAUGUUCAGUUGAGUACUUACAAUAUCUCAAAUGUUUCCAACUAUUUGUAAAUCGUGAGAAAAUUGUCAUUUUAACCAGUGACACGGGCUGUGUCUGGCAGUCGCCUGUCAAUGGCGUCAUAUCCGCGUUACCAAAGACACUAGAUAGAAAACCUGCAACCUUCAGCGGAAUGCAGGAAAGGAGACUAGAGGCUGUUUUAUGAUUGGCUGAGGUGCCUCACGUGAUUUGUGUAAGCUGUUACGCUUUUUCCAGACCUUGCAUCUCCCUAAUAACACAGUCUCUGGCAUUACCCUCAGUUUCCGCUUUUACUGCCGUAGAAACAAUAUUGUUGUGUCACGUAUAUAUUGUUAUCUAUAUAUUUACUGAACAAGCAGUAAUAGUUUUUAGAUCAUCUGACUAAAUAGUAAUAAAUAAAUUUUAUGAAUUACUUCUAAUGCGUCUAAUUCAUUAUAAUGAAAUAAAAUCAUGUCAUCAAACGCAACAUUUAUAAAACUUUAUUACUAUUGGCACAUCAUCCAUUACAGUAUUGUGAUUUCUCAUUCACAUCUGAUUGAUUAUUAGUGCUGGAGUUGAAGACGACAGUUCCCAUUAUUUCACGCUCCUUCACAGCGUCAUCAAGCUACACUGUUGUUGUUGUUGUUUUUAACAUGUCUGUUUUGAAUGUGCGCCUUCUUGGGGCAGAUUUUACAAACUGCGCCUUUAACAUCUCAAUAAUACAGUAGCUUAUACAAUAAUUUGGUACAUUU